AUGAUAACUGUACUUCCACGUUUUCGCAUUACACCAUAUGGACGAAACUAUCGUGUUGAAGAAGAAGACGAUGGACAUAAAAGCAAAGAGACAUUUAGUACGGAUUUUACAAUGAAAUUCUUAAAUGAUGGUGAAACAGAUAUGGAGAAUAAUAUCACAGAUAAUAAUUCUUAUAUUAUAUUAUCUGAUACAAAUAAAGCCGAUUGGGAUCGAGGUGUUCAAGUACCAUCAGAUAUAAAAGAUAUUCCAGUAUCAAAAUAUCGUAUUAUACCUUUAUUAACCAAUACACCAAUGAUAAAAGUAGCUCGAUCUUAUAUAAAUUCUCAAAAUGAAUGUCAAAUAUCCAGUGAUAAAGCGUGUCAUUAUGAUGACUAUGAUAUGGAUGAAAUGGAUUGUAUUUGGCUUAUGAAUUAUAAUAACUUUAGAAUUAAUAAAAAUUUACCUGUUUUGGACGAAAAUGUGUUUGAAUAUAUAAUUGAAUUAUUAGAGCGACAAUGUUUAAAUGCAAUUCGACAAUUGAAUGAUGAAGACGCAAUAUAUUGUGAUGUUUGUCGAUUGAUUGAUGAUGUAAAUGAUCUUGUAUUAUGUACCAAAUGUGAUUUAGUAGUACAUGCGGGUUGUUAUGGAAAAACGAUAACUGAUCAUCAGACUAUUGAUCAACAACAACAGUGGUUAUGUCAACCUUGUCGUCUUUCACUUCAACCACAAUGUAUAUUCUGUCCAAAAACAGGCGGUGCACUAAAAUUAUCAACUGAUAAGACACAUUUGGUUCAUUUAACGUGUGCUUUUUGGUUACCUGAAAUUCAUUUCGAUGAAUAUUUGAAUCCAAUACUACCUGAGACACAGCAUAGUCAACGUGUUAACGAUCCAUGUUCACUUUGUACACAAACAAGUGGAAGAAAAAUUCAAUGUUGUCAAAAAAAAUGUCGACGUCUAUUUCAUGUAUCGUGUUCAUUGUUAGCUGCACAAGAAAUGCUUAUUGCAGAAAAUGAAGAUGAUUCAAAUGAUGUUCGAUUGAUUGCAUUUUGUACAUUUCACAGUCGAAAACCUGAUAUUGAAGAACGAAAACGAAGACGAGAAAAAGCUUUAUGUAAACAAAAAAAUCGAUUUGAAUUAUUCGAGAAUUAUAUUGAUAUUCAUCAAAUAAAACGGCAAACUGAAAUAUUACCUGAUAUCAUUGAUAGUGUACAUACAUAUUGGAAACUAAAACGAAAGUCGAAUAAUUAUCAACCACUUUUCUUUUUACCUCAAGCAUAUUAUCAUAGUUAUUGUGAAGGAGCAAUUGAUUUAGAUUCAUUUAAAGAACAUUAUCGUCGUGAAAAAGAAGAGCAACAAUUACCAACUAUCUCAAAUGAUAUUGAAGAGGAUGAAACAAACAUGUUGGUAAUUUUGGAAAAUCUUAAUGCGGCAUCACCAUCAUCGACGAAUCAUACGGAAAAAUUGACACCACCAAUAACAACUACGAUUACAUCGACGAUGAGUAAAAGUCAUUUUGCAGAAUUAGCUUGUAAAGAACGGAUGGAAUUUCUUAAUUUUGAACGAUCAUUGUUUCUAACAAUUGAAGCAGAAACCCGUCAAAUACGAGGACGACAUUCAGCAAAAGUAAAUGGGAAAAAACGAGUGUCUUAG